CUGGAUGUUUAUUCAAAGCGAGAUGCUGUGAGCUGUGAGCUAUAAUCAGUGUUUUGAGAGCGUGGAGUCUGAAUCAAAAACUGGAUCCCCUGUAGCGCAGAAUGAUCUAAAUUGUUAUUGGGGAAGCUUCAUUGUUUGAGAUGCAGUAGACAGAAGGUCCUCUUGGAGGAAAUCCCAUCUGUACUUCUCAGAUGUUGCACAUCUCCAGUAGUGUUGCUCCAUUCAUACCUCUGGAGUGCUAAAUACCGAUGUGCCUCUGCCCUGUUCAAACAGCUGAGUAACAUUAGCCAUACCUUACACCAUGGCCAUGCUGCCAUUGUUGCUGUCAAGCUAAACCUAAGAGAAUCUCGAAGCUAAUGUAACUCUUACAGAUCAGAGAAACAGCAACAAAAAUAAGUUUUGCAACUGAAGUCAGGAGAGUGCAACGGAGAUAAGUAGUCAGAGGCUUGUCUUUCACCCACACAAGGGAAAAAGGGAAAGAACCUUCUUUGACACCUGUUGAUGGUACAGCAGCAUCUCUUUAAUAUUCAGCUUAUACAGUGUCUACCAGAGAACACAUUUAUGUAGCAUAUAUCUGAAUGGAUUUUGACAGAACAUUUCCCAUCAAGUUGCGAUCUCCAUGGAGUUAUACCUGAAAACAUGCUUUCUCUUAUUGCACUUGUAUAUGUAUGUGGACAGAGCCUUGCGUGUUCAGACUUCCUUCAGUGAGUUGCUCUAGGAACCGCUGUCAAAGAUCAUAAUUACCGUUUGGAAUUGCGUUCAUCUGCUUCAGCCUUCAUCGAGAACAGAGACAGAGCUGCGCAGUUAUUACUAUGCAGUUUGGAUUCUUUUUGGUGGUGAUCAUUUUAAACUCCAUGGAUUACACCGGCAGUCAUGUCUUGAAGGGAAGAAGGCAAAGACGAAUAAGCACGGAGGUAACCCCAGUUUGUCCAAAAGGGUGUGAGGUAUGCUCGGAGUACAAUGGAUGUCUAAAGUGUUUGCCGAAAUUGUUCAUCCUUCUGGAAAGGAACGACAUCCGGCAGACAGGCAUUUGUUUGCCAUCAUGCCCAAUUGGAUACUUCGGUGUUCGGACGCCAGAGAUGAACAAGUGCAACAAGUGCAAAAUUGAGAACUGCGAGGCCUGCUUCAGCAGAAACUUUUGUACAAAAUGUAAAGAAGGACUGUACCUGCAUCGAGGGAAAUGUUAUGACAGCUGUCCAGAGGGGUUUGCAGCCACAAAUGGCACCAUGGAAUGUAGCCAUGCUGCUCAAUGUGAAUUGAGUGAGUGGAGCCCCUGGGGCCCAUGCACCAAAGGACGGAGGACAUGUGGUUUCAAAAGAGGGACAGAAGUAAGGACCAGGCAGUUGCUCCAAGGACCUUCAUCAGAAGACGUGACUUGUCCCCCAACCCGAGAGAGCAGACGUUGCACUGUGCAAAGGAAGCCUUGUCCAAAUGGGCAAGGUAACGGCAAAGGAAGGAAAGAGAAACCGAAACACGGCAAGAAAGCCAAACAACGGAACAAAGAAAGUGGCAACAGGCAAAGCAAGAAAGAAAACAAGCCUGGGACUAAGAAAAAGAAAGGACAACAAGGCAAGACACUUCCUGCAACAACCCCCAGCACCAUUCAAUAGUAGCCUUAUUUCAACGCAAGCACUCAAUGCUGAUAUAUAAAAGACGGCUUUUCUGAACUGAAGCACUGCUACAGAGAGGAAUAAAUACAAGGCUCUUGUUUCCCUAACUGUUUAAAAUAAGAAGUGAAGUUAAUGUCUUGAGAACUUAAGUAACGGAGAUCCAUUGCACCUGGCCUCAGUGUAUAUUUAAAAAUGGAAUGGAAUGGGAAUUAAAUAGUUCAGUGGAUCUUUCAAAGGACAGUGUUAGGAGCUUUCAUCAAAACGAUGACUGAAUAUUGUAGAGCAGGUCAACUGCAACAUGAAUGGAGAUGACUCACUGGUUCUGGGGCUGGGAAGAAAUACUUUGACAAAAAGGCUUCUGGAAAUGUGCAAAUAUUUCUGCACUAAUUUUGGGCAGUUGGUUCCUGCAUUGAAUGAAAGAUGUAAACUUAAUUUCCUGACAGAAUGUUAGAAUUAUGCAUCAUUAAACUGCUUUAAAAUAUAUUUCAAAUGAAAAUAAGGCAAUAAAAACAUAUAACAAUUUGAAAGUGAUUAAUUAUUGCAAUGGUUAUCAUGAAACAGAUCUUGUUUUCUUUGGUGCCACGCCUGAAUGUAUUUGUGGUAUGAUAUUUUCUACAUGAAUCUGAAAUUCAAAGCUGUUGUGACUCUUCGAAGUUUGAUAACUGAUAUAAAGGUAUCAAUCACAGUUUCUUGGCCUUUAGCUCCAUACUGAGAAAAUAUCAAACCACAAAUGAUUUUUGAUUAUUAUAUGUCUGGCCAGCUUCCACCCUGUUUAAACAAACUUCUUCCAAAAACCUACUGCUGUACACUGAUUUGUUGCCAAGCCUUGCAUCUAUCACUUUUGCUGUUACUUUCCCACAUUUGUUUCUGUUUUCAAAUCGUCAACUUUACUUUAAUAUCCCUCCAUCCUUUUUACUAUUGAUCUCCUCCAACCCUACAAUACUCCAACAAUUUCUUUUCUUGCUUUUCUAAAUUCCUGAGCAUCCCUGAGUUCCUUAACUUCACCUCAGCUGCCAAGAUGCUAAGUUUCGAAUUUCCUUCCUAAACUGGUCCACCUCUCCAUCUCUUUCGCUUUUGAAGGUGUUCUUCAAAACCUACCUGUUUGGUCAAGCUGUUAUCUCCUUCUGUGGCUAGCUGUUGCAUUUUCCUAAAUAAUGUUUCUGUGAUCUACCUUAGGAUACAUUCAGGGCGCUGUUUGAAUGUCUGUUGUUGUUAUUGAGCUGUGACAGUAAGGCUCAUUCUAAGAUUACUCGCGAAUUUCUUUGAUCACUAAAGUGAGAGUUGUCACUAUUGGAAACCAAACUGUUCCACAUUUUGC